ACAUUUCCCGGUUUUGAUUAACUUUAAUUCAAAUGUGAUUACGUCUAAAUCACCUAUUCUAGUGUUUGAAUCAUGAUCAAACACUACCUUUACUACUUUCAUUAAAAAGCAGAGACUUCUUCUUCACUACAUAUAAUGUCUCCGAUUUUCUCUCUUCACAACUGUUCUAGUAAUGUUGCAUCUGUAAAGAACCCCAUAAUUUUCGUUUCUCUCCUUUUUGGGAUCUGAGUCACUUUUACUUUCCCUAAUAAUAACUCAAAACACUUCAGCCAACAUUUGGUUUUUGAUUAGCCUCUCUGUCUCUUAGAAUAUUGAGCUUACUGCUCACUACAAUCACUUUCUGCUUUUUAAAGUCUUUUUCAUUUGGUGGUUCAUAAGGCAUUUAGACAGAUAUACACCCAUUUUAUUAAAGUGGGUUUUAUUCAGACUUGCUCAAAUGAUUGAGUUUGAGUUAAAGAUUAUGUAAUAAAGUUUUGAUCUCUUUUGACCCAGGAGAACUUUUUAUGGCUUACCCAUCAGACCAGAGGUCCUCUAGUAGGGGGACAGUGAGAUUUGUUAUGGUUCUGUUGGGUUUGUUUCUGGUUGUUUACAUAGUCAGACCACCAAGAUUGCGCCACUCUUCUAAGGCUUUGGAUUCAUGUCCUCCUUGUUUCUGUGAUUGUGAGGAAGAAUCCAUGCUCUCCUUGCCUUUAGACAUCUUAAACAGCUCAUUGGCAGACUGUGGUAAAGAUGAUCCUCAAAUGAAUGAAGAGAUGAAGAAGGAUAUUGCAACUUUACUGUCAGAGGAGAUUAACUUGCAGAAGAAUGUUACUAAUGACGUUUUGGAUCGCACCAAGGCUCUAAUUAUGAGCGCGAAAAGAGCAUCUUCACACUACCAAAAAGAAUCAGAGAAGUGCAACAUAGGGAUAGAUACAUGUGAGGGAGGUAGGGAGAAGGCUGAAGCUGCUUUGAUAGAAGAGCGCAAGCUCUCUGCAUUAUGGGAGGCACGAGCCAUUGAGUUUGGCUGGAAGGACUAGUAAAGAAUUUAUUCAAAGGAAAAUAACUACUCAAAUUUUGUUGUCCGGUAGAGAAUAGACAUGCCCUUGUAUGCCUCUUUCUGUGUACACCCUUUUUGUGAAUAUGGUUUAUGCUUUUGGUCUUAGGUUUUCAUUCUUUGUACUUCAGAUUAUGUUGAUUUCAGUUAAUUGGUUUAUUAAAAGUUAAGUGGUGUUAUUACAAUUCAUAUCUUAGUGAACA